CAAACAUAAAAAAUGUGCCAACAAAAGAACGGCAUUUAUCCAAAUGAAAAUAUAUUAAGGAAAAUAAUUUGGACAUAAAUGAAGAAGUCUCCAACUACGGUAGGUCCUUACAACCUUCACUGUUCAUUGAAUGUUCAGGAAUAAAUUCAAUGAACAAAAUAUUUCCAGCAGACUAAAGGGCAUGGCUCCAUUUUUAACUUGUCUUCAUUCCACAACUAAACCAAGCAUAGCAGAACAUAGCCAAAAUUUUCGCAGGGUCCCAUUGUCGCUGAGCCUCCUUCGUAAGAUGAAAGUUAGUCACGCCAAUAUCUCCACUCCUCCUAUGUUCUGAGCCUGUGAUGGGAAGCUGAAGAUCACACCGUCGCCAUAAAUUUCACAUAAACCCUUUUCAAGCACAAGAAUGAGCCUGAAUGUUAACCGGUCGUAGUCGCGUCGUAGACCAGCCAACGAGCUGGCACCAUCGCACCCUGGUCGAAGCAAGAUUGUUGGCUACAUUUUGACUUCCCUUGCGCCUUGCACCAGCACUUCAUUUUUUUUUUUUUUUUGAUUACACGGGGUAUCCACGCGACCAUUUUACGGUUCAUGUGACUAAUCCUGCGCCCCUCGAAGUUGACCCCACAACUUCAAAGGAAAGGAAAAUUCAGGAGUUCAGGGACGGAAACGAGUUCAAGAGGGUUUGAACACCUGACCUCAUGAAAGACACUUUUUUUUUUGGAUUCAUCCGGGUGUCCACAACCGUCAACGACGUCUGUUUUACGGUCUGUUGCACUGGUCGUGACUAAUUCCACACCCAUGUGACAGCGGCCCCACACCACCACGCAGGAGGUAAACUCAGGCGCUCGUCGCAAGAAUCGAACCUGGGGUGGGAGAAAUCCCUGACCUCGUGAAAGGCAACCCCAUAAUCCGCGCUCUCCAAUUGAGCUCAGCCCUGGGGGCUCGUGAAAGACACUCUUGCACCAGCACUUCAUUGUUGCUAUGGAAGCUGCUGGAGUCCCACGACUCCCACCCUAACAUGCUUGCAACGCUCUCUGGGUUUCGUUUUCAGAUGGGACGUACAUCAUCCAAAUGGGGCAAUUUUAUUGGUUAGCAUUUAGCAACUGUGAGAGCCGGAGGAUGUAAUUUUUUCUCCUGUAGUCGUGCGGGAAUCUUCUCAAUCAACCAAACCACCGCCGCCUAAACCGACUUCGAGUAAUCCAGAGCUCUCGAUGAGACCUUGUCCAUCCACUCUCUAUUGUCGUCGAUUCUUCUCAACCGCGAGAGCGACCGGAACAGCUCUCUUCAACCCAUCAUCAUACCCAACAUGUCAAACAUGCGUUCAAAACGAUGACAUUUACGACCAAAGCCGUCCCCAAUUCACAGAAGAUGGCACCGACCACCUUCUUUACCUGAAGCAGUUCUUUUCACUGAUCAGAACUCUUUCCGCCUACCCCAGAAACUACAAAGCUCUGAAUGCCCUGGACUCGAUGCUGACCAAGACCCACUACUUCGAUUCCGCGAUGUCAGUAUUCGUAAUCGUCGGUCUUUCUCGGUUGAAAAAGCUUGGGAGAGCCAAAAAUGUUUUGUUGAAUCUGAAAACGAAUGUGAGAGUACCCGAAUAUUUCUUGUUCAGCUUGGUUUUUGAUUUCUUGGUUAAGGAUGGUAGAAUUUGCGAUGUUGAGAUUGUAUGGGACGAGGUUUGUGGGUCUGAAUUGCCCUCACAUUGUCGUUUUGGUGUAUCGGAUUACGUAAUUCAUGUAUGUAAGUUUGGUGGUGCUUGUGAGAUUAAGAGGGUCUGUGAGAGGGUUUUGAUGGGUGGUAGGGUUUUAGAGCAGCAGAGCUAUGUGGCUUUGAUUGGGGCUUUGUGUAGGGUGAAUGAGGGUUUGUUAGCUAGAGGGGUUCUGAUUGAAAUGAAUGGUAAGGGGUUUGAAGCUGAUGACCUUACCUAUCUUGUAAUGUUUCAGUGUUUUUGUAGAAAUGAGGAUUUGAGUGAGGCAGAUCUGAUUCUCAGGAGAAUGGUAAGGAGAAAAUGCCAUCUUGAUAUUUGUGUAUAUGGGAGUUUCAUUCAUGGACUUUGUAAAUCUGGUAAAUUCAGGGAAGCUGAUAAGUUAUUUUGCAAGUUGACAAAGAGGGAGAGUUUUAAUGGUUUAGGACAAGGAUUAUUGAAGGAGGGCAGGAGGGUAAUUUUCCAAUUGAAUUGUCAUGGUGCAGUUCCUGAGGUUAUGGCUUAUGAGAGUUAUUUUCGGUCAUUAUGUAGUGUUGGAAAGCUUGAUGAGGCAGAAAUGUUAUUAAAAAAGAUGAUGAAGAAGAGAACUGUGCUGGAGGCUUGUGUGUAUGGUUCUUUUAUUAAAGCUCUCUUCCGGGCAGGUCAGGAGGAUGAUGCUAUUAAGUUCUUCAAUGUCGAAAGAAGGAAAGGGCUUGUCCAUGUUGAGGAUAUUACAAAAUUUGUCAUUGUGGAGCUAUGUAAAAAGGGUAAAAUUGAUGAAGCCUCGAGGAUUUUUUAUGAGGAUGUACUAAGUGGCAAGUUUGUGAAUGAUAUAAGCAUUUGCAACUGCAUACUAGAUAGCUUUUGGAAAGCGGGAAGAACAGCUGAAGCAGAGAGCCUUUUUGAGAGGAUUCUGAAUGGUAGCUUUGGAGUGCCCGAUAUAUUAACGUAUAAAGUGAUGAUCAAUGGAUUUUUCAGCCGAGGAAAUAUUUCAAGGGCCCUUUGCAUAUUUGAAGAAAUGCAGAAUAGCAAUAUCCCAGUUAAUGGUAAUUUAUAUGAGAUGAUUAUUAGGGGAUUAUGUGAUCAUGGAAGGCUAAAGGAAGCAUAUAGGUAUUUGAACGAAAUGACUGCAAAUGGACAUCUGGUUUCUUGUGCCAAAUGGACAUUGGUUUUUCAUUCAAUGUUUCUUGGCAAUGAACAUGAAUUUGGACUAUGAUUAUGAAUUUAACUGAUAAGAAGUUGAAGUGGAGAAGUUCAGCUAAUUAUGCCUGCACGAUAAAAUGGUUUAAUGCAGCUGGAAAAGCCUCAGUCAGAUCAUGACCCGACUAAGGACAGUUAUAAUGGGAAGCUGCUUGGUGAUAAAUGAAAAUUGGGCAGAAAUGCAGGUGAAGCGUAGUUCCUGCUUCCUGGACCCCAAAGAAAAAUAGCAUGCUCCCCUGGCCAGUAGAGUUACAGAAACUAAUGGGAGCAGAUGAAACUAGUUGCCAUCUGAACUGGAAGAAAGAGGGGUUGGUGAAUUUUGGAAUCCAUGAAUUUUUACCUGUACAUUACUGGUGCAUUUCUUCUCUUGAGAUGGUGCUUGAACACGAGCAUGACUCCAUGUCCAAAUGAAGGCAGGAAGCUUGUGGCAAGGCAAGGAAGCAAGUUUUGUUUGUUUCAAACAUGUAUUAUAAUCACUCAGAAUAAUUUUGCCUUGGUUACUGAACCCCUUCCAUUCUUAGAAUGGGCAUAAGAUGUGUAGGUGGACAUUUCCCAUCCAACUAAUUGCAUAGCCCAGCGAGGACAUAAAAGAGGAGCUUGUGCAGAAAAUCUUAACCAACAUUUGGUGCUAAUGUCGAACUGAAUCACCCAUUUAUCCCUUUUGCCUUUGUAAACUUAUUGCAAGCAGCAGAUUUAUUGUCUUCUUGUUAACAUGACUAUCAUUGAUUCAACAUGCCAGCUUAAUUUGAUACAAUGUUUUUAAAA